CAGCAGUGCCCACUAGGGGGAAGCCGACGCCACGCAGCGCCUCUCUCUCUCCCUCUUCUCUCUGGUUAGCGUGGGAAAGAGCCCGCCUCCUGUCCCAUAAGGCCCUGCUCCGGAAACUUCACUCUCUCUUCCUGUCUCUCAUCAUGGCGCAGGACCAAGGGGAGAAGGAGAACCCCAUGCGGGAACUGCGCAUCCGCAAGCUCUGCCUCAACAUCUGCGUGGGGGAGAGCGGGGACAGGCUGACGCGGGCGGCCAAGGUGCUGGAGCAGCUCACGGGCCAGACCCCGGUCUUCUCCAAAGCCAGGUACACCGUCAGAUCCUUUGGCAUCAGGAGAAAUGAGAAGAUUGCUGUCCACUGCACAGUCCGCGGGGCCAAGGCAGAAGAAAUCUUGGAGAAAGGUCUAAAGGUGCGAGAAUACGAAUUACGGAAAAACAACUUCUCAGAUACUGGAAACUUUGGUUUUGGGAUCCAGGAACACAUCGACCUGGGGAUCAAGUAUGACCCGAGCAUUGGUAUCUACGGCCUGGACUUCUAUGUGGGUGCUGGUAUCUGUUCCAGAAUUACUGGGCCACCAGAUGACUUGAAGAUCGAUCUUCAAUGUGUGAGUCUUGUCUGUCCGCUGUGACUCUGAGCUGGCUAGGUGACUGUUGGUUAUUCCUGGGACAGGUGCUGGGUAGGCCAGGUUUCAGCAUCGCAGACAAGAAACGCAGGACAGGCUGCAUUGGGGCCAAACACAGAAUCAGCAAA